GGAAGAACUUUGGUCGGGAGGUUUAAAGUGGGCAGAGCAUAGAAGUCUUACACAAUAUGGAUUCCUGCCUGAACUGGCAAAUGUCCUAACUUCUGUGUAUUGAAGGAUAUUCCAUUUAAAAUCGGAGCGCUGGGCAUCAUAAACAGAAACUGAAAACUGAAAGGAACGUAAAACUGAACUAAAAAAAUUUUUUUUAAACAAACAAAUGUACCGGACACUCAAAGCGGUUUCACGAGGAGGGAUAGUGUUUUACACUCCUUGUCAUUAGUGAGAAUAUACAUAAUGAACACUCUACAGGAGAACGGGCUUCCGCCCUCACCUGCGCACAAUAUUCCCGUUUGUGAAAGUACCGCUAAAGAACUCGGGGUAUGUGGGACUCCCAUUAAAACAAAGGAAAAGAAUGGGCUAACGGAAAGAAGUUCACCUGUCAAUCAUGUCACCGCAGAGUUUGGAGACCAGCUGAAAGUACCAUCGGUAAACGCACCUGCUCCAUCCACGACACCUCUCGGGUUACCUGGCGUUAUGGACGCAGAGGGGAGAGUGGACGAGUCCAGGCUGCGGAUGCACAUUUUCAAGAAUGGUAAGGAUGGGAGGAUUUUAAAAAACUAAACAGGAUACGAUAUUCUAAAGAGAAACUGAUGGGCAUGAAUCACUGCCAAUUCAUAAUUCAACAUAUUAAUUGAUUGAAAAUUAUUUCAUAUUCAAACAUUAUGGACCAGUAUGCUGGAGCCUAUCACAAAGUUUAAAUUAAGUAAAGUUAAAUUGUUUCCCAGUGCUGGGUUUCCCAGAUUUGGUAUUGCUCUAUCAAUAUCUACAAAUCAAGAGGAAGUCAAGUGAUGUUUGCCUGAGGAGCUAGCUGACUGCACUACAGUUCAACCAUUAUCUAGAGCCAUGUAUGAAAUCUCACUGAGACCCCUCAAGCAAAGACUCCCAACAUGACUUUUAGAAACAGACAAUGCUUUGGUUUUACAGUUAUCAGUCAAGACCUUUGGUGUGAUCUGACAGAUUAUUUUCAGAGGGAGGAAGAAUCAUGAGAUUCACAUGAAAUGCAUCAGUCAUGGUUUGUGGGAAUGACAUCAAGAGCCCACACACAGCUACUCCUGAGGGAAAACAAGAGGGGAGUGUAUGAAUGGGUGAAUAGAUGGGUACAGUAUACUUUCUAGCUUCUAUUUGCAUCAAUGCUCCAUAAGUAAGUUACAAUCACCGGUACUCUCAGGGCCUUCACUUGUGGUUUUCAAGCUCAAGGUGAAAUUGACCUUAACCACAGAUCUAGGAUCAGAUUAUCCAACUACCAAUCAUAACCUUAACCAUUUAGGGAUGACAAAAUAUCUGACCCUGUAUCAGUGGUUCGGGGAAACAGCUACUGUAUAUGACCGAGAGGUAGGACUCAGGGUGCAUAGUGUUGACUGUAAACACUGAACCCCCACUGACUUUAGUUCUUGGGAACCCCUGGGGCUUCAUCAUGCUGAAAAGCUCAGAGAGAGUCAUGAGGCUUCCAUUGCACGCAAGGUAGAGCUCUGUGAGCUAGGUACAUGGUAUACUGAUAGAGGGGUUACUACUGUAACUGUGUUGAUGAAAAACCUAACCAGGAACACAGAAAAAUAAUCUCCCCCCUCUCCCUCUUUCUCUCUUUCAUCGAUGCACAUUCCUUCUCUCCUCUGGCACGAUAUCAUUAGCUGCAGUGACUAUGGUGCAAAAACAUUAUAUAAUGAUCCCUGUCAAAGCUCUAAGAAGGGGGCUAAAGACUUGUUUUGCACAAUAACCAAUAUAAGCCACUCAGAUUCCUUGAGAAGCCUAGUUUGUUUAGGAAUAAAUUAGCCACUUUAUCUAGUCAGAGGCCAAGUGAUCCAAUAGCUUAUCUUUUAUAUUUUAGUUCUAGUCUAGUCUUCAUUUUCCUGUGAAAUAAUGCAAAAGUCCUGGUCUGACCAUUAUAACCUUAGUCGAUUCUGUUGGAAAGCUAAAGAGAGACCUACCAAUCCAGAACACCAAGUGGACAUGUCAUUGCAUCUCUCACCUAUCCAGUUGUUUCCCAUCAGUGAGGAUGAGGAGUGAGGAAAUAGAACACACAGGGGGAAAGAAGCCAUUGUAAAGUAUCUGGAUUCAACCUGUGCUGUGUGUGUCUAGGUGGCGUGUCCCCUUCGGAGCGUGGCCCGGUGUGGCGUUUCCUGUUUGGGAUGUACCCCUGCAGCUCCACCUCUCUGGAGCGCCCCCUACAGCAGGAGCAACUCAAGGUCCGCUACCAUGCCAUGAAGAGGAAGUGGCAGCAGCUUUUUCCUGCCGCCGUCCGCCUGCGUCUAAAUGGCACCGAUGGUAGGGCCCGGAUGUAGGGGCCGGAUGUAGAUAAACUUGUACUCUCUCUCUCUCUUUUUCUCUUUCUCUUGCUAUCUAGCAUACAACAUAUAUUAUUGUUCAGCACCUCAUUCUAGACUCAUCAACUUUAUGCUGGAAUCUAUGAGCUCAACCAAUUUCGUAAAUUCUCCCCGGUUCCUCCUGUAAAGUUGCUUCUUUCACUCUCGCUCACCUGCCUCAAAUUCUCCCAUUCUCUUCCUACCUCCCUGUGUGUGUUUCUAGCUGAGUUGGUGGCAGCGGUGCAGUACUUUGAUGUGAGGCAGGAGAGAGUAAAGCUGCAGGCUCAGAACCAGAGUGCUGAGGUCAGGGAGAGGCUGUCCUUCCUGGAGCUACAGGCCCAGGUACACCAGCCUCAGAAAGUACACACAAAACUCCCUGCAAAAUACAUGGUUUAA